AUGAUCAAAGAAUUGCGUCUGUGCUUCUGUGCGCAUGACAACAUUGGUCAAAUUCGAAAGCAAGUUACUCCAUCUUCCAAGGAACUAGAAAAAAAUCUUUGUAGUUUUGUGAAGAGAUGGCAGACAGAAACGAUUGACGAUAUUUGCGUCCUUCCCAAAUCAGCCGUAAAUGAGGUUGAAAAAUUACUUAAACAUGUACAGUUGGGCUGACUUAGCAAUAUCCCAGCAGGCAUUGGAACAAACAGAAACAAAGGUCUUCAUCGUAAGUUGAGAAAAUGAAUUAAUAAAAACCGAAUGUGUGUAAGUUAUGCAGUGGCUGUCCUUUUCCUGAUAUUUUACAAUGAAAGGCAUGUUAUUCCCCCUGUUACCAAAUGGUAUCAAACAUUUCUGAAGAAUGGUGGUAUUAAAACUUCAGAGAAAUUCGGUAUCGGAGUAGGUAAAGUGCGAGAUUUACGAAGUGAUAUUUUGGCAGGCUCUGAAGACUCUAACACAAAUCUUGGAGAAAUCUACUGCACAUGAGAAACUUAGCCAUGAUGACUCAGAAUCAGAAUGUGAUACCGAUCAUGCCGCUGAUGCAGAAAUGAUGUCAAACGAUGAUGCUAAUAACAUCAUUAGCAGAGCCAAAGUUAUGAUGAAUCUGGCGAAGGAAGUUUUCAAUAAAACACAAGCUCCCAUUAUGUCACAUCAGUCAAAUUGGUUAGAUCACGCAUCGUCGUUGUUACUUUUCUCACAUCCAGUGUGAGAUGUAGUGUCUUGUGUGAAUAUGAGAAAGCUUCAGAACGAUUAAAUAAUGUUGUCAGCAAUUACGGUUUUGAAGAGCUGCCUGUUGAUGGUGAUUGUUGCUUCACUUCUGUUGGUUACGGGAUAGAAAAAUUCUUUGAUUUAGAUCCUUGCCUAUUAACAGACCACCUUAAAGCAAUCGAUAUUUACAAAAACCAAGAUGUAUGUGAAAGAAUAGUAUGUUUGCGGGAACUAGUUGUGAUGGAGUGGCUUGGUGAAUAUAGUCAUGAAUAUGAAAUGUUUCUUAUUAUUGCCGAUAAAUCUUCAUUUUAUGAAAUGGCACAACAAUUUAUCCAACGAGGGGUUUUUGAUUGCGAGUUAGGUAAUAGCAUGCUUAUGGCUCUCAGCAAUGUUUUAAAAUGUCCAGUAGUCAUUUUCACUUCGAUCGAUACCUACCCAAUCAUACCUCUGAAUCCUAGACAGGCUCCUUUAUCAGCAAUUCCUAUUUACGUUGCCUUUAACCAAAGUGGUAAAGGUCACUAUGAUGCGAUUGUGUUGCAGAUACAAUGUGAUGCUAGGGUUGAAAAUAGGGUUGAAACAUCCUGUAGAUGUGGUUCAGAGAAUACAAGGUUGCAGCGAGAAAUGCAAAUGCAAGAAUUGUAA